AUGUCCUUGCGGAAGCAGGGCGAAGGCGACGGCGGACCCGCGAGGCCGGCGGCUUCCCCGGAGGCGCCCGAGGGUCGCGCGCCGGGUGGCUGCUCGCCCCUGCUGCCCUGGGACCGCUUCUCGGCCUGGUUGCACUGCGUGUGCGUGGUGGGCUUCGACCUGGAGCUCGGGCAAGCCGUGGAGGUAGUAUACCCUCAACAUGCAAAGCUCACAGAUAAAGAGAAAACCAAUAUUUGCUAUUUGUCUUUCCCAGAUUCCAAUUCAGGUUGCCUUGGAGACACACAAUUUUGUUUUAGAUUCCGGCAAUCUUCUAGCAGAAAGCUCUCAUGGCAUUGUCUUCUAGACCAGUUUGACAGAGACCUUCCCAUUUAUUUAAAGAAGGAUCCUGCAUAUUAUUAUGGCUACGUAUAUUUCAGACAAGUCCAAGACAAAACGUUAAAAAGAGGCUAUUUCCAGAAGUCCGUGGUCCUGGUCAGCAAGCUGCCUUAUAUCCACUUUUUCCACAUUGUGCUUGGCCACAUUGCACCUGAAUAUUUUGAGAAGAAUGACCCUUUCUUGGAAGCAGCUUGUAGUGAUAUUGAUCGGUGGCCAUCACCGGUCCCUGGGAAAACUCUACAUCUUCCUAUUAUGGGCAUUGUAAUCAAGGUACGGAUUCCUACAUGUCAUGACAAGCCUGGAACAACUGAAGUAUUACAGACUGCACACCAGCCAUCCCCACAGAUCUCCAUUGCUUUGCCUACUGUCCAUGAGGUGGAUCUCUUCAGAUGUUUCUCGCCAGUGUUCUUUCAUAUCCAGAUGCUGUGGGAGCUCGUGUUGUUAGGGGAACCGCUUGUUGUCAUGGCACCGUCUCCAUCUGAGUCUUCAGAAACUGUGUUGGCACUUGUGAGCUGUAUCUCACCUUUGAAGUACUACAGUGAUUUCAGGCCUUACUUUACAAUACAUGACAGUGAAUUCAAAGAAUAUACAACCCGUACACAGGCCCCGCCUUCUGUCAUACUAGGAGUGACAAAUCCAUUUUUUGCUAAAACGUUGCAGCAUUGGCCACACAUCAUCCGAAUAGGAGACAUUAAAUUGUCAGGUGAAGUCCCGAAGCAGGUGAAAGUGAAAAAGCUGAAAAACUUAAAGACUUUGGAUUCUAAACCAGGUGUUUAUACAUCUUAUAAGCCAUACUUGAACAGAGAUGAAGAAAUCAUAAAACAGUUGCAAAAGGGAGUACAACAGAAGCGUCCUGCAGAAGCCCAAAGCAUAAUCCUUCGACGCUAUUUCUUGGAACUGACCCAAAGUUUCAUUAUUCCUCUAGAACGAUAUGUAGCAAGUUUGAUGCCUCUUCAGAAGAGCAUAUCACCAUGGAAGAGUCCACCGCAGUUGAAACCAUUCAAUCAAGAGGAAUUCAUGAAAACUCUAGAGAAAGCAGGGCCACAACUUACCUCUAGAUUAAAAGGAGACUGGAUAGGAUUGUACAGACACUUCUUGAAGUCUCCUAACUUUGACGGUUGGUUCAGGACACGGCGGAAGGAAAUGACACAGAAGCUGGAGGCACUACAUUUAGAAGCACUGUGCAAUGAGGAGUUGUUAUUCUGGAGUCAAAAACAUACUGAAGUAGAAACAGUGGACCUUGUCUUAAAAUUAAAGGAUAAAUUGACUGAUGGAGAAAACUUACCUGUGAAACCUGGGACAAUGGAAAAGUUACAGAUGCACAUUGAUUCAAUUAUACUGGCAUUACCAGAAGAUUUGCAGGGUAUCCUGAUCAAAACUGGCAAAACGUGACAAACUGUCAUUUUAUGCAGCUGCAUAUCCCAUGACACACAUUUCAAAGGUUCAGACAGGAUGCACUUGGAGAACUGCAGAUAUGCAGAGUGUUUUGUAAUA